AUGUUAAUUGAAUCUACAAUAUACUUCUCAUGGGUCGUGGACCUGCCAUCUCUGUCUUCCAAUGGCUAUGGGAUGGAAAAUCUAGAACCGGAGAAACUGCACAUUGCCUUUAUGGUCCCGAAGUUUGGUCUCCUUUCCAUGGACGAUGCUCUCCAUUACCUUCUACAAAACCUCACGGACCAGAUGAUCCAGAAUUUGGAGGCUCUGUUUCCUGUAAUGAAUAUAGAUUUCUUUGAUAUCAGGGAGAAUCAAGGCAAUCUGUACCUGAAGGCGGAGGCCUUAAUCCACAGCCAGACCUGGGCAGAUAUCCCCAGUGUCCUAGGAGCCCUGACUCAUCUGGCCAAACUGUCCGUGGAUCUGAGUUCACUCAGUGUGGAAGGACACUACCUGGAUCUGCAGCUCUUGCCCAUUACCUUCCACAUUAUCAACAGGAAGUUUGAGACAUUUUUGCUGGAGCCCGGACACCCAAAGCACCAGGCUUUCUUCCAAGACGUGGCUAUUGCGGUGAAACACGCUCUGAGUAGUUACAGCGGCUUGCUGCAGGUGAUAAUUCAGGACUGCCUGGAUGAUUCCUUCAUCUGUCUGGGAAAGCUACUGUUCCAGAUCCCAUUGCCCGAGGUCCAAGACAUCCUACAGACCCUGCACAAGGCCAUCGCCUCAGAUGGCCAUCUGGCGGACUCUCAGUUCCAAGUGAACUCCAGCUCCUUCUUGAUUGCAGAAGAACACCUGGACUCUCCUGAAUCCAAGAAUAUGGCCAGCAUUAUUUCGGUUGCAAUCGGCCUGUCCAUCCUGAUUUUCUUCAUAAGUGCUUUCCUUAUAAUCCAGUGUAUGAGGAACAGGAUCUGCAGCUACUGCCACGAAGGCAUCUUCCCAUCUCCAAACUACCAGAUGCAGAGCGAGAUGAUCGAGUUGGAGAGCCAUCAGGCCGAGAGUCUAGUCUCUGAGGAAGAUAACCCGGGCUUGGAAGUUGCGUUGGAAGAGGAAUCGUCAAGCAGCUGCUAAAAGACCCCCUUUCUUGUACCAGGAUCUCUGAAGUAAUGAGCAUAACUCCUCCUGCCUUGACCAAGAAGAGUUGCACAAUCUCAUUUAUUCUCCUUCCCUCUUGCCAUCAGUCGGUGUCUCCACUAUGUCUUUAGAGUGAGAUUCGGACCUGAGCAUGGUUGGUUGUGUGUGUGCGUGGGGAUUAUUUUUUCCCAGAAAGAAGAUUAUUGUGAAUCAUAUCCUGUUUGGAUGUUUAAAUUAAAAGCAAUUUUUAAAAAACU